AUGGCGCCUAUCGUGGUAGACGAGCUAAAGUUGAUAGCAGAUUUGUUAAAAGGAGCUCCCGGAUUAAAUUUGGACCUUUUCCGACGAGCGAAAAUCAUAACGAUUCAACUGAUAACAUUUACUGAGACCCAACUAGCAAGCGCGAUAAAAUCGAGCCCGGAUAUCGAUACACCGGUUAACGAAAAGAUAUUAUGGUCCUGGAUUCUCGACUGGCGAAAAAGAAACCAAGUUCUCGAUCAACCCCCGGAGGCUGACGCCAUCGAUGGUCUGCAAGUUUCAACAUCUUCAGUUGGCGAUACACCUUCCCGUUUGACCCCGGCUCUGCUGAAGGAGCUUAUGCAGCAAACUGUAUACGGCGAACAACUGCUGAAAGCCGCUGAAACUCACUGCUUGUCGGAUUCUGGAAGAAAGUUUGUUGUCGACACGGUGGCAAGGUACCACUUAACCCGAAACUGUAAAACAUCAUCCGAAGUGGUAGAAGAUCUAAGUACAGUAAUAUGCGGACUAUUCAAAAAGGAAAACAAGGAAACAUAUUACAUUCCGAAAGCCAAGAACCGUGGUAACCCUGCUGGCAAAUUAUACAAUCGUAUAAAUUAUAUUAAACAAUCGGAACGUAAACGUGAUCAAAAAGAGAAGCAUCACAUUUCAACGAACAACGAUUUGGAUAACGAACAACUGUUACCCGAAGUAGCAACAGCAUUGGCUUGGUUGGAAAUUAAUAGGUUUCCUUGGGCGACUGUCCUGUCACAAUGGGAACUAAGUUUUCCUGCCAGAAAAGCUGAUCUACGUCAGUUUUCUAAGGCCGAUCAAAUAAUCAAUACUUACCCACACCUCUCAAAUGAGUGUGGAUAUCAACUGCUGGAUAUCGAGUACCGUAAACUUGGUCUGGGAAAUCCAACGGAACCAUCGAAGAAAUGGAAUUCAUUGUUUGAGCCCAUUGCAAAAUAUGUCAGCAAGUAUGCUAAGGAUCCAUCAGCUAAAGACUUGUCAUAUGCUUUGAGAAAUAACGAGCUAUCGAUCGAUUGUCGACUACUGAAUUUACUUCUGGCUUUAAAUACGGUGCUCGUUCCAGUUAAGGCCUCGAAAGGUUUUAAGCCGACGGUAGCCACGGGCCAAGCAGAAGCAUUUCUGUUAGUCGACAACAAGGAUCAAGCACUUAGUGAGUUGGAGAAAACUAUACAAAUAUACGAAGAACAGAGGUUUGCAAUUGCUCCGAAGCUCAUCGUCGUUGGAGAGAACUUGACUGCUGCUACAGGUGAAUGCCUGGUGGUAUAUAAAGAUAUAAUCUACAAUCUUGAAACUAUUGUGCGUGGAGUUGACGUAUUGUUGAAUCUACAAAUAGUCCUUGGAUUACCGGUUGCCAAAUUUUCAAAAUUGGUUUGGGUAUUCAUCGAGCAAUUCGUAUACGAAGUACCUUCGAAUUAUGGCGGCUAUUUAUGUAUCAAUAAGUUAAUCCAUUUUUUGAAUAGCCAGUCUGAAAAUCAGCGAUAA